ACAGGAAUGUACAAAAACAUCUUGCUGGUAGGUGCUGAAAUGCACUCGAUGGGUCUUGAUUAUUCAGAUGAGGGUAGGGCAGUGACCGUUAUUUUUGGUGAUGGAGCUGGAGCUGUUAUAUUACAACCUACAGAAAAAGAAGGACAAGGAAUAUUAACCACACACCUUCACGCUGAUGGCACACAUGCAGAAGAACUAGCUAUGAUCAAUCCUGGUUCGCAUGGUGGAUAUCAUUUAGGUACAGAAAAGUUUGGUUAUCCAGAUCCUUCUGUACCAGGUGGUUUUGUCCAAAGAGCAUUAAAAUUGCCUGAUGAAAAAGUGGUCAAUAAUAUUCAAAAAUAUGGCAAUACUACCGCAGCAUCGAUACCUUUGGCCAUGUGUGAAGCAUGGGAGCAAGGUAGGAUCAAAGAAGGCGACUUGGUUUGUCUUGCAGCUUUUGGGAGUGGAUUUACAUGGGGAAGUGCUUUAAUAAGG